AUGUGGCAGGACAUCACUGAGAGCACGCUGAGAAAGUAUCUUAAUAUUAUGAAGAUCAUCGUGUUGAUGCUAUAUUGUGUGAGUGUGGUGUGCGCACGUGACGACUUCUACGUGUUCUCUCCCGACGAGUUCACCCCGGAGACGCUGAGAGAAAACCUGGAAGAGAUCAAGAAACGUCUAGACUGCUUCAUCGACUACGCUCCUUGUACCCCGUUGACCACCGAGUACAAAAAGAUCGGCACGGAAGUAGUGGCGAACGCUUGCGCGAGAUGCCCACCGGGUCUCAAGGACCUCAUCCGGGCAUUCCUCGAGGUGGCCCGGGUACGGUACCCCGCCGAGUACAGCGCGCUGAGGGUUAAGUACGACCCCACGGGGGCACACUUCGACAGAUAUGAGGACGCUGUCGGCUGUCAGAAAAGCCAUUCGGUUUGGAGGCGUCCGUAA